GCAUGCUGGUUGCUGUUGUAUGUUUUAUGCAACGCCAUUUGUCAUUUGGAUUGAUGAUAACAUACAGGAAGCAUUUACUGCAAGAAUUGAUGAAAGUUUGUCACCAUUACCUCUUGAUUCUGUGGUAAUUGAUGAGAGGGAUACAAGGAGCGAGCAUUGAAUGCUUGGAAGCAGAUCAGGUUAUUGUUUUAACUUGUUAACAUGGUAAAGUUAAAGAUGUGGUUGGAGAUUCAAAUGAAAGUGGAUCAUCAUGCAUUGUUUAGUUUUAGAUGCAAACCUGAUUCAAUUAUUUAUUACUGCAGCUUAUACAAGAUGUGUUCAAUCUGGAGAUAACGUGAAUAACAUUAUGAUUUUACAGGUGCACAACAUGUUCCUGUCUAUGUAAAAGCUAGCAGUGAUUGUUGAAUGUCUUCUACUCUGAUUUGCUUUACUUAGCCGCAUUGUUCUUGCCAUGCUUUAUUUGGUUUCAUCUUCAGCUUUGACCACUUUACUAGAUGUUUGGCAGUUUUAUGUCUUGGGCAGACUGGUGUCAUCUGAAUGUAAUCACUAGCUAAAUAAGAUGGAGAUGAUUUUCCUUUUUCUGAUCAUGUUUCUUGUGCCCCAUAAACAAAGCUCUACCCAGUCUCUUACUGCAUUUCCAGAGGGACGGUCCUCGGCACAUGUCCCCUAUAAAAAAGUCUUAGAUCUGCAGUUGGCACCUAUAACCUGGAAAAGAUAAGCAAGUCUCAGCCAGUUAUGUUCGUUACUGUUAUGGUUUUAGGAAAUGUGAGUUGGCAUCUUGGAGAGUGGAGACUGUCGCCUUUUGCUGAGCAGCCCAAGACUUCCACCAUUGCACUAG